AUGGCAACGGAGUUGGUCCCCUGCAAACAGUGGCAGGCUGGCGACGGACAGUGGCGACCAGUGGUGAUGGUGGCAAGUGGCCGGUGGUGGCAAGCCGGCUACGGGCAGUGGCGGUCGGUGGCGGUGGCAGGUGGCCGGCGACGGGGGGCCAGUGUGGUGGUGGCAGGUGGUCGACGGUUGGCUAGAUAUGGACAUGUGGCAUAG